AUGAGCGCUGAUGAGGAGAGAAUGGGCCCCCGCGGCUCAAUCACCACCGGACCCCUCAUCGUCCCCAUAUCCACCAGAGGAGGCCGGGGGGCGGGGCCUGUUGCCUGGAUACCGCCCGGAUCCGGCCUGGAGGUCCCGCUGCGUUAUUGGACAACACGCUUGACCCCGGGCAGACCCCAAACAGACCCUGGACCCCAACAGUCACAGCCAAUCACUCAGGGGCCUGUACCUCCGCCGGGCACAUGCAGAGCUCCGCGGAAGCUUCCACUCGUAGCGGAUGCCAAAUAA